AUGAAAUUCUUAAUUGCUUUCGUUGUUAUUUUGGCUGUCUUUGCCAGCUCUGCUCAAGCCAACAAUGUCCUCAAGUGUGAUUUAUGUCAAUACGUUGUCAAGCACGCUGAGAGUUUGAUCUUGAGAAACCACACUCAAAACCAAAUCAUCCAUCAAAUGGAAAAGGCUUGCCAUCACUUGCCACACAAGUGGUCUGGUCACUGUGUCUCUCUCAUUGACGUCCACGGUUCCGAUAUCAUCACCCGUUUGAUCAACCACGAGAAGCCAGCCGUUGUCUGCAAGCAACUCCAUAUCUGCAAGAACCACGUCGGUGAAGUCAUGGACAUCCAAGACGAGUUCGACGAUGAGGAUUUCGAUGAUGAAGAUUUCGACGAUGAGGAUUUCGAUUUGUUCGAAUUCGAGCAAGAACUCCUUGAAGCUUUGGACCUCUCUGACAACCUCGAGAAGAAGCACCACAUCCCAGGUCACAAUAUCGUCAAGAAGUACAAGUGCAAAGCAUGUCACUUUUUGGUUAAGAAGGCUGAACACUUAGUCAAGUUGAACAAGCGUAUCGAUGAGAUCCAAUCUGCCUUGGAACACGAAUGCAAACCAUUAUGUUUUUGGUUGGAACUUCUCGAUUUGGGUUUUCAUGAUUUAGAUCUAACUAUCGAUCUCGGUUAUUACCUUACUCUUCAAAUAUAUUUAAUCAUCAUUUAG